AUGGAGUCCAUUGACAGCGUUUGUCAAAGGCCCAGUUCUGCUCCUCUGAAACCCUUGUCUGGAUCAGUGCUGAAGCAGCCUGUCUAUCUGAGAGCAGUCUGCGCCCCUUGUCAGGCGAAGGAGUCCAAACGAAUUAACGCAGAGAUCGAGAAACAGCUCCGACGGGACAAGAGGGAUGCGAGACGGGAGCUCAAGCUGCUGCUAUUGGGUACAGGUGAGAGCGGCAAGAGUACCUUCAUCAAGCAGAUGAGAAUAAUCCAUGGGUCUGGCUACACAGACGAGGAUAAGAAGGGCUUUACCAAGCUCGUUUACCAGAACAUCUUCACGUCCAUGCAGUCCAUGAUCCGGGCCACAGAGACACUCAAGAUCCCCUUCAAGUACGAACAGAACAAGAAUCAUGCCUUGCUUGUGCGGGAGGUUGAUGUGGAGAUGGUGUCGUCUUUUGAUCAGCCAUAUGUGGGGGCCAUAAAGAUGCUGUGGUCUGACCCUGGCAUCCAGGAGGCAUAUGACCGCAGACGAGAGUACCAGCUCUCUGACUCCACCAAGUACUACCUCACUGAUUUAGAGCGAAUAGCCACUCCAGGCUUUGUGCCUACUCAGCAGGAUGUGCUGCGGGUUCGAGUCCCAACCACCGGCAUCAUUGAGUACCCUUUUGAUCUGGAGAAUAUUAUCUUCAGCUAUCUAAGUGAUCUGGAUCGUAUUGCUGGCCCGUGCUAUCUACCAACCCAACAGGAUGUGCUUAGAGUUCGAAUCCCAACCACUGGGAUUAUAGAAUACCCAUUCGACUUGCAAAGCAUCAUUUUCAGGAUGGUGGAUGUGGGAGGUCAACGAUCUGAGAGGAGGAAGUGGAUCCACUGCUUUGAGAAUGUGACCUCCAUCAUGUUCCUUGUGGCCCUCAGCGAGUACGACCAGGUCCUCGUAGAAUCAGACAACGAGAAUCGAAUGGAGGAGAGUAAAGCCUUGUUCAGGACCAUCAUCACAUAUCCCUGGUUUCAGAACUCUUCUGUCAUCCUGUUCCUCAACAAAAAAGACCUUCUGGAGGAGAAGAUUUUGUAUUCUCACCUGGUUGACUACUUCCCAGAGUUUGAUGGUCCUCAACGGGAUCCUGUGGCGGGCCGAGAGUUCAUCCUGAAGAUGUUUGUGGACUUGAAUCCGGAUAGCGACAAGAUCAUCUACUCUCAUUUUACAUGUGCUACUGACACGGAGAACAUCCGCUUUGUCUUUGCGGCGGUCAAAGACACCAUCCUCCAGCUCAAUCUCAAAGAAUACAACUUGGUUUGA